GCGGCGGAGGAGCACCCGCACGGACCCGCCGAGCUCUUUCUCUGGACCAGCUCGCCAGUGUUUUGUUUAUUUAUGUCGGAUUUGUUUGGACCGGAGUAAGCCUGGCAGGGGGGCGGAUUUGCGGUGGGAUGUCGGCCCUAAGGGAGAACCAGUGUUACGGACUGUCCAGCGGCAAGCUGAGCCGCGGCGGUAACAUCUCUGUUUUUCAUGUCAAACUCACUGACAGCGCGGCAAGAGCCAUUGGCACCUUUCAAAACGGCAAGGGCUGGUCUUCUCAUCCCACUAUCUGUUUUAGUGGAAACCAAGGGCGAAUCACUAUCCCUUGCUCAGAGAAUAGAGAUGAAGUGAGGAUAUUCACCUUUGGCGUGACAAACGUUGCCCGUGACAACCCACAUGGAAGCUUUGACUGCGUCCAGCAGCUCAGCACUGGUGCUGCUGAGGAGCUGUCAUGUCUCGGGGUGAUUCAGAAGAAGAUGACAGUCAACGCUACAGAUGACUCGUACGAUAAGGCUCGUCAGAGCAUGGCCCAAGCUGAGGAGGAGACACGCAGCCGAGGGGCCAUUGUCAUCAAACAUGGAGGUCGCUACCAGGGCAAGAAGGUAACGGUGCGAGCCCCGGCGCCUGCACUGGCCAGCCUGACCAAGCCCAAACAGACAUCCCAGCCUUUUCUCAGCAGCAUUAAGAAGGGAGAUGGCUUGUCCAAGCUGAAGAAGGGUGCCUGUGCGUCAAAGAGGAGCAGCUUGGGUGAUGUGCAGGACAGGCCGCUCAGGGAGAGAUUAACACACCUGCUGGCUCUGAGGCCAUACAAGAGGCCUGAGUUGAUCCUGAGGCUGCAGAGAGAUGGACUGUCAGCGGGAGACAAAGAUAUGCUGGACUCUGUACUAUUGGAGGUUGGCCAGCUCAAUACUAGAGACAACACUUUUGUUCUGAAGGACAGUCUGUAUAAGGAACUGCAGAAGGACUGGCCAGGAUAUACCUCAGGAGACCAGCAGCUUCUUAAAAGAAUUCUUGUCAGGAGACUGUUUCAGCCACAACAGAGCCUCCUCUCUGUGCCCGAGGCCCAGGUCAGCCCGCUGCGAGACACCCCCAACUCCUCUCCAGCACAUCGUCCAAAACAUUCCCUGCCAGAAGAAUACACUGACCCUCUAGCCAGCAAGAAGCCCAGGAUUUCCCACUUGUCUAGCAAAACUGCCAGUGACAAGUCAAGAUUAAGGCCAUCUGAGCAGGCAGCUCAUAAAGAUGUCACAGAAGUGAGAGCGAAUGAUGGGCAGAGGAACUCUCUUGACCCUCGGAAGCUUUUUGACUCCCUGUCAGCAGUCUGUGAGCGGGAAGAAGAGGUAGCUAAAAGGCUCAAGCCAACUCUAUGUGCUCAGGAGGAGCCUGAAAGCCUCGAAGACUGUAGUCAACCCAACUCUGAUCGCCCUCCUUCCCCUCUGAUAGUGCCUGAUCUGAGUAGACACACAACAAAAAGGAAGAAGAGCAAACACAAACACAGAGACCAGGAGAUGGAUAGGUGGAGAGACAGGAAAGAAAGGAGAAAAGAUCACAGUUCAGAGGACAAAGUCCUGCUGGGCUGCUCAGAGCCAAGUGACAUUUUGUUUGACUCCAGUGUACUUGAAGUGGACAACGACACAGCAGAUUAUUUAUCGAUGUACACAGUGAUUUGCAGCCAUGACCAGAGGCAGAGCUACAAACAGGACUUUAACAAGGAGUACAGUGAGUACAGAGAUUUACAUGCUCGCAUCGAUGGCGUUACCCGGCAGUUCAUGGAGUUGGACACGCAGCUAAAACAGCUUCACCAGGAAUCACAUAAAUACAAGACGGUUCAUAAUCAAAUUCUUCAAGAGUAUCGCAAAAUUAAAAAGUCCAAUCCAAACUACAACCAAGACAAGAUUCGCUGUGAAUAUCUACACAACAAACUGGCCCACAUCAAGAAGCUCAUAUCAGAGUACGACCAAAAACAGCUCAGUGUGGACCAUUCCUGUCCCAAGUGAGGAGAGUAUAAACACCCUGAAGCAAGGGAGGUUCUCGCUGCGGAGCUGAAUGCCAUCGAGCUGGACUGGGUGGUCAAGUGGUUCUUGUGGCUAAAUGUAACCACAAGAACCACUGGAGAUGUCAGUGAGGUUGGGAGUAAUUAGUGAAGAGCAGCAGUGGAAUGUUACGUGAAGCAGCACGUUAAUAUGAGUUCAUUUCUCAGAAAAUGAGAAUUGUUCUUUGAAAAAGGGUUGUGACCAAUGAGCUGCUACUACAGUGACACGAUACUGCCAAGGACACGAGGAGUAACAGCAGUUUUCUCAAAGUUCUCAAAGCUGAAACUGAGCUCUUAACUACUGAAAAUGAAAACAGCAACACAUGGAGAGAAGGUGCUAAGCCAAAAAACACCUGUAGAUUGCCAUCUUCAUUACACAUUUUAGUUCUUUUGUGAAUGAAAUAUAAACAUCAAAUUGGGUAUUUGCUUAUGUGUUCUGUUCGCCAUGUCAGUGUUCACAUUUUAUGGUGGAAGCAUGAGAUAACUGCAUGCUGUACAUACCCAGACAGCUCACGUGAAAGACAGGUGAAGGUUUCUUCUUCCCCAGUGUCACAGGCAGCAGCAAAGAUGGCAGCUGGGAUGCUGAGGUGCAAAUCCUGAGAAGACAUCUGUCCUUCUGUACUCUUUGGGUUUGCUUUAUUUUUGACUUUAUCAGUGUUACUGUCGGUUCUCCUCAGUUUAGGCCUAAUCUGUUCUGAAAUGGCUCCUGAAAGUGUUUCUAGUGCCUGAAAUGGUCACUAAUUCUAGUCUGGAUUCAUAGUAUUCCACUGGUGUUAUCCCUCAUGUGAUUUUCCUGGAGCACAGAAGACUGUUAUAUUUAACAUAAUGUGAAUUUGAAAUUGUAUUCAGGGACUUUACAGUGUGAGCUGCAGCUGCAGUAAAGUAUGAUAAUUAAAACCAGUUAUAAUUUAGAGUAUUCAGAAUUAUGGCAUCAUUGUUACUGUAGGCUGACGGCAAAGAAUUUAAAAAAUGAAAUGAUUUUGUUGCAUGCUGUGUACUUUACAGAAUGCAUGGAGAAUAAAUCAGAUUUUUGUCUGACUUUAAAAUAAAUUUUGUUAUUCAUUCUAUAUAAUUCUGUAUAACCUUUUCUCUAUUUAACAGUGCUUUUUUUCAAAUCCAGCCAAAAC